GGUGAAGGGGGAGGAGGGUGUCUGAGCACCCAUGAGUGAGCUGCGAUGGAUAACAAAGACUCAGAGGCUGAGAUCCACCCUCUGAAGACUGAGGAUGUGAAACUUCAAGAGAACCAUGACAACUCAGUGGAGAGAAGAAGGAUUCUCACCAAGCAGCCCUCCCAGCUGUCCCGCCUGUCCCGUUGGCGAACUGCUGCCUUCUUCAUCUCCUUGUUCCUCUGCCUGAUCAUUGUCUUUGCUUUCUCCUUUAUCAUUCCUUGCCCAGAGAGGCCAGUUUCAGAAAGAACGUGGUUCCGAAACUACGACAAUGCAGUGGCCUACAAGUUUCUUGCUAUAGAAGACGUGAACAAAGACAAAGUGCAGGAUGUCAUCUUUGCCUUCAAAGCUGGCAAUGGCAGCAGCAGCUUCAACACCUCCUGUCUGGAUGAAGGUCUGCCUUCUCCCUGUGCCUUCCUUGCUGCUGUGUCUGGCACGAAUGGCAGGGUGCUGUGGGAGAGGCCUGCAGCCCAGGAGGUGGAGUGGUUGGAAUGUGGCAUCCAGCAGCUCGGGGAGGCCAAGGCCCCGGGUUGCCUGCUGGUGGGGAAGCCUGAGGCUCUCACGGCAGUUGACCUGCAGACAGGGGAGGUUCAGUGGAGACAAUCCAGUGACUUUGGAGCUAAUUACACCAUCCUGCCUCCUGUGGCAGUGAUUCCAGAUGUGGAUAGUGAUGGAGUUCAGGACCUGAUCAUGUUUAUUGCUACAGGAAAUAAGGUGAAGACCUUCAUCCAUUCAGGAAAAAAUGGCAAGCAGAUUGGCUCCCCUGGGAGCCUGGAUGUGGAUGGGAAAGCUCGUUAUCUCAGGCAGAAUCUGGUGUCCUCCUACUUCCUUUUCUAUACAGAAAACUCUCUCUAUGCAUAUUCCCUGCAAGAUCUCUACAGUGCAGCAACAGGGAUGGAAAGAAAGCUUCCCAGCCUUGAGCAAGAUCCUCAGUGGGAGAAGAACAUCGACCCUGUCACGCACCGCUUGGCCCUUCUCAGCUCUGGAGGGAUUCGUUACCUGGCAAGAAUUCCUGGGAGAUCACGGGAGAACAUCCUGGUUGUGAGCUCGGAGGUGGCCACGCUGGUCAACGCACAGAACCUGCAGGCUUUGUGGACCCUCAAUGCCUCCCGUGUCCUGAGUGAGCCUCUGCUUGGGUACUACAAACCUGAUGUUCUUGGUCUUGUCCUUGAGAGUGAAAUUGAACCCAACAGAAAGAAGGUGAUGAUUGUUGAGAGUGGAUCUGGAGCAGUCCAGUGGGACCUGAAGCUGAGCUGGAGAGAAGGGAGCCCUGGGCCAGCCGCGCUUCCCACUGCGGAUCAUCGCUCCGCCUUCCUCCUCUGGGGGGAGUACCAGGCAGCAGGGAACCAAACGAGAUCCAGAGCUCCCCUCCAGAAGCUCUACCUGUUCCAUCCUUCCUACACGAACGUCCUCCUGGAGCUCCGCAAUAGCACAGACCAAAUCAUUGGCUUCACUGCUGCGCUGUUCGAGCGGAGCCGUCACGCCUGCUACGUGCUGCUGAGGGGCCCUCAGCCCAACGAGGAGCCAGGGCUGGUGUCCCUGAUGAAGCGUAAGCUGAAGGAGGACGUGUCCCAGAGCAGGGUGAUCUGGCUGAACCAGGUGGCAGUGGACACUGAGCAGUACGUCCGGGACCGCCUCUACAGGAUGCGAUUCCACAGCCGGGAGUGA